AACACCCUCAUUACCGCCGUGACGCAGCCGCGCGGUGACGCCCGAGCGCGCAGGAACGGACGGGAGCGGCCGCCGCCAUGUGCGACUUCUCGGAGGAGCAGACCGCGGAGUUCAAGGAGGCGUUCCAGCUCUUCGACCGCACGGGCGACGGGAAGAUCCUGUACAGCCAGUGCGGGGACGUGAUGCGGGCGCUGGGCCAGAACCCCACCAACGCCGAGGUCAUGAAGGUGCUGGGCAACCCCAAGAGCGAUGAGAUGAACGUGAAGACGCUGAGCUUCGAGCAGUUCCUGCCCAUGAUGCAGACCAUCGCCAAGAACAAGGACCAGGGCUGCUUCGAGGACUACGUGGAGGGGCUGAGGGUGUUCGACAAGGAGGGCAACGGCACCGUCAUGGGGGCCGAGAUCCGCCACGUCCUCGUCACCCUGGGUGAGAAGAUGACGGAGGAGGAGGUGGAGCAGCUCGUGGCCGGGCACGAGGACAGCAACGGCUGCAUCAACUACGAAGCCUUUGUGCGACACAUCUUGUCAGGGUGACGCCGCAGGGAGCUGGUCCGGAUGGUGCUGAGCGGCUGAAGACCCCUCCCCAUCAUUGUGUCCCCCCCCCAAAUCAUCUUCUGUCCCCUCCUCACUCAGUUUUGUGCCUUUCCCCUCAUUUUCCUGUCACCGCCACCACGUCCCCAAGCCCCCCCUCAGCCCCACCGGCUAAAUUAUUGCUCCACAGCAUCCAAUAAAUUCUCCGAAUGGUC